CAAAGCAGUGCGCAGAAGUCUAUUCUUUUGCAGCCCUAUACAAGCUACAAAACACAGGAUACCACUCUCGCUAAGGCUGACUAGAAUCAAAGCAUAUCAAACUGAGUGUCGAAAUGAUUCAACCGAAAACAAGCGAGGCAGUUCGAAGCUCUGUAAGGCCUUCGUUGAUCACCAGGGGUGAAGACUUCAGUAGAUCCGGACCCGAAUCUCUCAAGGCAAGAACACGCGCCAUCCGAGCCGGCAAUGUGAUCACAUCCCUGCGAGGGUCUGGCGGCGCGCAGCAGACCAUGGCCGGCGCACGCAAGGCUCGAGCCCAAGAGAGGGAGGAACUAUCCGCCCUGAACAACCGCUUCGCCUCUUACAUCGAGAAGAUGCGCUCCCUCCAGCAGCGUAACUGCACGCUGGAGGCACAGGUGCUGAAGCUCCAGGCGACGGAGACGACCGCACACACGAAGGCGCUUUACGAGAAGGAGACCAGAGACCUGCGCACGCUGGUGGACGAGCUGUCCGAGGAAAAGGCCAAAAUGGUUCUGGAGAGAAACCAAUGGCGGGAACAGGCAGAGGAUUACAAAAGAAAGUGGGAGGAUGAGGCGGCCUGGCAUGCGGAGCUGAAUACUGAGGUUUCAAAGCUCAAUAAAGACUUGUAUGCUGUAACACUAGUACGUUUGGACCUGCAGAAUAAGAUUUCUACGAAGCAGGAAGAGAUCGAUUUCAUGAUGAUGGUGCACAAGCAUGAAGUGAAGAAACUUCAGGACCAGUUGAACGAGAGCCUGUCCAUUGUGCCUGUUGAUUGGACUCAGGAGGCCGGACCUGACGUCAUUGCUGAGCUGUACGACCUGCGCCAGCUGUAUGGAGACUUCUGCCGGAGCAUUCAGGAGGAAGCAGAGGCCAAGUACAAAGAGAAGUUCACUGAGCUUGAGCUCGAGCGGGAGAGGGAAAACAGGACAAUGCUGGCCGCCAGGUGUGAGCUCCUCGCCUCCCGAAAGGAGGUGUCCGAUCUUCGACGACAGCUCAACACUUUGAUGACCAGCACUGAGACCGUGAAACACGAGGAGGUGUCCAAUCUUCGAGGACAGCUCAGCACCUUGAUGACCAGCGCUGAGACACUGACACACGAGAGCUCGUCUUCUUCAUCUACCACCGUCCAACAAGUAACAAUCACUUCUCAGAGAGACAUAGCCAUGUAACCCGGUAAAUACUGCAAACCAACGCCACUCCCAAACACCAGGCCAUCCUGAUCCUUGCAACAUUGGACAUCGCCGCAGAAGUAAGGAUGUACCAAAGACGUCACGACAUACUCCUGACGGCGCUCUCGUGGUGGACGUUGUGUUGCAGUUUUACUGGAAGGAUAAAUAUAGGAUUGUAAUUCUGUCACGCUACACUUGCAUUAGUUCCGUAAUGUAAUAAUCAUAUGCUGCUGAUCCUGUCAUUUUGCGAUUACUUUUCCGAUUUGCUGUGGAAGAAAAAACCAAUAAAACAUUGAAAUGGUUA